AUGCGGGACCUGCGGAAGAAGGAAAAAACUGGAGGAAGCGGCGGGUCGGCGCUGGGAAAGACGUUGAGCAUCCAACGCUUGGAUGUCUGCAGCGACAGCUCAGUGGCCGAAUGCAUCGGCAGCAUCCCGGGGGGGCGGGUGGAUGUCUUGGUGAAUAACGCCGGCGUGGGGCACGUGGGGCCGGUGGAGAGCGUCAGCGUGGAGGAGAUGAAGCGGAUUUUCGAGACCAAUUUUUUCGGGGUGGUGAGGAUGGUCAAGGCGGUGCUGCCCGGCAUGAAGGCGCGGCAGAGCGGGCACCUCGUGGUUGUCAGCAGCGUCAUGGGGCUGCAGGGCAUCGUCUUCAACGAUGUCUACGCCGCCUCCAAGUUCGCCGUCGAGGGCUUCUGCGAGAGCCUGGCCGUGCAGCUGCUGCAGUUCAACAUUUUCGUUUCCAUGGUGGAACCGGGUCCCGUCAACACGGACUUUGAGCAGAAGCUGAUGGAGGAGGUUUCACGCUCCCAGUUUCCCGGCACCGACCCGGCCACCCUGCGGUAUUUCAAGGAGGUCUACCUGCCCGCCGCCCACCAGAUCUUCGCCACGCUGGGGCAGAGCCCCGACGCUGUGGCAGAGGCCAUCGUGGCGGUGAUCGCAGCCCGGCGGCCGGCUUUCCGCACCCAAACCAACCGGCUCUACACGCCGCUGGUGGCCCUCAAGUACGCAGAUCCCUCGGGGGACCUCUCCGUGGGGACCUACUACCGCCUGCUCUUCCGCAACGGCCCCCUCUUCCACUUCUGCAUGGGCGCCCUGCGCUGCCUCACCUGCGGCUGCUUCCGACGGAGGGUCACCCCCGUCUGAGCGGGGAGACCCCCCCCAAAGGGGAGCUCGGUCCCUGGGUGGUGGGGAGGGGGUGACAGCUGCAGCCCCCCACCCCCCAGCGUUGCUCGUGGCAGGAUAAAAAGGUGGGCACCGGGGGCUGGAUACACCCCCUGGGGUGCCAGAGCUGGAAGUGGGGGGGGUGUCCCCCAGCAGGAUUGAACCCCGGUGGGGCUGAGCCUUCUGAUGGAUGGGGAAGAGGGGGGGGGGGGGUUGG